AUGGCGCAGCUGCAGCGCAGCAGUUGCUGCAGCAGAAGCAGCAGAUUAAACACGCAGCAGCAGCAAUAUCAGCAGCAGCAGCAGCAGAACCGGAAGAAACAGCAGCACUACCCAAUAGCUGCAGUGACAGCCGCAGAAAGCUCAAAGCAGCAGCAACAGCAGCAGCAGCAACAGCAGCAACAGCAGCAGCAGCAACAGCAGCAGCAGCAACAGCAAGCAGCAGCAGCAGCAGCAGCAGCAACAGCAGCAGCAGCAACAGCAGCAGCAGCAGCAGCAGCAGCAGCUUUGUACUGA